AUGCACAUAGACUUAAGUAGAAUUAAAAUUGAAGGUGUCCAUCAGUCUCAGUUGGAUCCUGAUGUAGCUGAAAUUCCUAUUUCUAACCUGAAGGCGAGUGUAUACAAUGAACUUGGCCGUCAUUUAGAAGAUCCAAACACCCAUGACGGUCGUGAUUCCUGGUGGAAGUACAUUGUUCUAAAGGAUGAUUCUCUUCAAAUAAGUUGGGGGCAGCUAAGAGCUAUUGAGAACAGUGAAAGUCCUGGCGUGGAAUUGUUGAACCUUCUGGGUGAUAGCGGAUUUACUUUAGCGGAUAUUGAGGACCUUUUUAUGAGACAUCGGUUGGAAGAUGCUCUCAGCAUUCUGAGAUCCCGCCAACGUCAGACUGAUGACAACGAUCAUUGCUCAUCAAAUCCUUGCAAAAAUGAAGGCACUUGCAUAGAGGAAGGAGACGACUAUAGUUGUAAGUGUACACAUCACUGGUACAGUGGGAAGGAUUGUGAUAAAGAUGACGGACCCUGUGAAACAUUCUGCUCUGAGCGAGGUACCGCUCGUUGCGUAUACAGUGGGCCAGGAGGCACUGUUACUUCAUGUGUCUGCAACGCAGGGUAUGAAGGGGAUAAAUGUGAUUAUUUCCAUGACUGUGCAAAAAACUCGUUACUAACCCCUCUCAUCAAUAUAUGCAUUGAACGUAGGAUGACAAAUGAAGAAUGUAUACGAACUGCCACGGGAAUUGACAAAUCAGUGGAUUCCUCUGACGAACUGGUUAAACGUAUAAAUAAUGGGGAUAUCCAAAUACCUACAAUUGAACGAAAUUUGAGAAAUUUUUUUGGUAAUUUAGAACUCCUUGACCUACUGUUUCAAAAAUCCGGCCUCGGCAAAUUGGUGUCAGGCAGUGGAGGAUUCAUAGAUAAUGUAGAUCUCGACCUCGGAAAAGAAUUCGACUUGGUCAAAUUGAUGUCAGAAAAUGAAGGCCUCGGCAAAUUGAUGUCAGAAAUUGAAGGCUUCGCCAAAUUGAUGUCAGGCAUUGAAGGAUUCAAAGAAUAUGUAGAUCUCGGCCCUGGAAAAAAAUACAGCUUCCGCAAAUUGAUGUCAGACAUUGAAGGAUACAAACAGCAGUUACAACGACAACAUCAGCAUUCUGGUGACGAUGGUGUUGUUGAAGUUACCGAAAAAUACAAGAAGAUGUUUGCAUCUCUGUAAAUAAAUUUAAAAGAUACCUAGCUUGCAAUAGUGAUGUAUUUGCAUGAACUUACAGUUACUGUGUAACAAAUCCACAUACAUGUAUAUGUACUUGGGUAAUGAGAUUUCAUAGCAAAAUGAACGGACGAAUUUUAUAUCACAAUAAUUUAGAGUUUGUGUUAUUUUGAUUUUGCAGCUUGUAUUCUGCAUUUUAUAUUUUUCUCUACAUGUAUUCAUUCAUUCUUUUUUAUUCAAUGUUUUAUUUUCAAAACAACUGGUUGCUACGGUUGCUUGAUCUACGCCGACGUUUGUCUAAGGUGGCUUCUGUCAGUAUCAAAUGUAUUCUACCAGCUUGUAAUACAAGUUAAUGUAGCAAAAUUGCAUUGUAGACAGGACAUUUAAAUAAUUUACAUAAAGAAAACAUCCGUUUAAUAAUACCUGUCAUAUUUUGCGGUUCGGAUCGUAAUAUCCGUCCCGAGAUGACCCACCCAUUGGGCGGUAACGAGGCUUGCCGAGUUACCGCCUAUGGGCGGGUGACCGAGGGACGGAUAUUCCGAUCCGAACCGCAAACGUAUGUUAGAUAUUUUUUCUUGCAUAUUCUACCAUAUUCCAUUAUAUUUUAAAUUCUUUAUCUUUAAUUUCAAUGGAAAUUUAUAGCAUUACAACCGUAACUACUUUCUUACAACAGCGUAUGAAUUACAAUUUCAUUCAUAACGGUUAAAUGACGUCAUCUUUAUCGUGCCAUUGUACAGCACGCGACUCAUCUGGAACCCCCCAUGCCAGAUGAAAUUUCCGGCAUGAGUAAAUCUCACGGAAACGCCAGUCUGAUAUGCAAGAAUGUUCUAUCUUUCUUUUGUGUUUCUUUUUGUUUCUUUUCACUUUUUUAACUAAAAAGCACACUUUCCAAAUCCUUUAUUUUCAUUAUGCAUAAUGGUUUUGUUUUGUCCAGCGUCAUGUCACAUUUUUGAUAAACCUUGCUAUAACGUCUGACAUUUACAGAAAAUGUAUAAACUGUC